AUGCCAUCCGAAGCAUCCGAUGCCGAAGAGGAGACCAACCAAGUGGUCUUUGAAGCGUUGAGUGAACAGGAGUGCAUCCGUUGUGAAACCUGUUUCGUUGCCUCAUGCCACCGAAAUUCAGUUUUGUGCAAACAAAAUGUGGAAGACGUGAAAGCCUUUUGGGGUAAGAAACUGGAUAAGAAGAUGCAUCCGAGACCAACCAAUAGAGCCGAUGGUUUUGUCAGCCAGAAUCACUCAGAUGCCAUGCAAAGACCUACCGUGAGCCCGGUGAACCAUGUUCCAGGAUCAGAAGAUUUCGAAUGGGAAGCCGAGAUGGUGCCAUCACAAGGCCAAGCUGCAUCAACGGUGCCAAAUUCUUCCCAAUCGAUGUCUGCUGUGAUGAUGAAUGUCAGAGUUCCCAACAAUCAGCCUCCUCCAAUGCCAGUGAGACAGCCCAUGCCGCAUGUGUCAGUGACACCAAGUGCCCGACCACCAGCUGCAAUGAUGGGAAGCCCAGGAUCGUCCUACGCAGCUUCCGAGAUUGGAAGCCAAUUGAUGGUGACUCAAGCAUCCCUCGAAAGCUGGGGAAACAAGAUCGUGGGCUUUGGCAAAAAGCACCUGAGGUCUCGUUACGCCCAUGUGUACGAGUCCGACCCAGGUUACAUCAAGUGGAUCUUGGCCAGAGCCGACAACCUUUCCGAGGAUGUGGCGGAUUUCGCAAGCUAUGCCCGAGCUCGCAAUCAACUGGAGCAAUUGGCCAACAACCCGGUUCCAUGA